UUACUAGCCUAGGCGGAAAGAAAUGGGGGCGAUUCUAGGGAUUCGGAAAAGCCGAAAAGCCCUGGAAUCCAAUCGGCAUCCCAUUGCCACAGCUCCUGGGGUCGACGGAAGCAAAUAAAUUCCGUCGAUCAGAAAAUGACUGCUCGCCAGAUUGGUUAAGGUCGAAGGAAGAGGAAGAAGAAAAAGAGAGCGAAUCAAAGAAAUGGGGAUACAGGGGCUUUUGCCCCUUUUGAAGUCGACGAUGCAGCCAAUCCACAUCAAAGACUUACAGGGCUGUUGCGUUGCUGUUGAUACCUACUCUUGGCUUCACAAAGGCGCCUUGUCCUGCAGCACGGACCUCUGCAAAGGGCGACCCACCUCCAGGCACAUUGAGUAUUGCAUGCACAGGGUGAAUUUGCUGCGGCACUAUGGUGUUAAACCUGUUCUCGUCUUUGAUGGAGGUUUUCUGCCGAUGAAGCUUGAACAAGAAAACAAGCGAGCAAGGUCAAGAAAGGAAAACCUUGCUCGUGCAAUUGAGCAUGAGGCUAAUGGAAAUUCUACUGCAGCAUAUGAGUGCUACCAGAAGGCUGUUGAUAUAUCGCCUUCAAUUGCGCAUGACCUAAUCCAGGUCUUAAAGCAAGAGAAUGUAUCAUAUGUUGUGGCUCCUUACGAGGCAGAUGCACAAAUGACAUUUUUGGCAGUAAAUAAGCAAGUGGAUGCAGUUAUAACUGAGGACUCGGAUCUUAUAGCAUUUGGAUGUCCUAGAAUCAUAUUCAAGAUGGACAAGUAUGGGCAAGGUGUUGAGUUUCAGUAUUCCCGGCUUCACAAGAACAGGGAAUUAUGUUUGGCUGGAUUUACUAACCGAAUGGUUCUAGAGAUGUGCAUUCUGAGUGGUUGUGACUAUUUGCAGUCACUGCCUGGUAUGGGCCUGAAAAGGGCUCAUGCAUUAAUUUCGAAGUUCAAAAGUUACGAGAAGGUAAUCAAGCAUUUGAGAUAUAGCACAGUCACUGUUCCUCCUCUCUACGAAGAAUUAUUCAGGAAAGCAAUAUUAACUUUCCAGCAUCAACGGGUGUAUGAUCCUGUUGCUGAGGAUAUUGUACAUUUGUCUGACAUUCCUGAAAGCCAGGAUGAGUUUAUCCUUAAUGUGGAAAUACACGGAUUCCACAAGAUGUGGCCAAAGGUAUUGCUACAGGUGAUCUGGAUCCGUUUACCCAAAUGCCAUUCCAGGGAAGGAUUGCAAAUGCUGCAGCUGGGCUUAGUGGAACUUCCAAAGUCAAGACCUCUAAGCCUGAAAGUACAGCACAUAAGAUUGAUCUGCCAGUGCAGAAGAAUCUCCUGACUAAUUACUUUUGCUUUGCAUCUAUUGAAGCCAAGAGAAAAUUCAAGGCACCUCGGAAGUCACCUACGAGUACAAUUGCAUUGGAUAUGUCUUCCCUAAAAGAUUAUUGUGAUUCUGGUCGAAUUAGCUGCUCUUCACCAUCCGACCUUAACUCUGAGAAACUGUCUACCAUAUCUCCUCAUGCUAUGGUGGAAAGCCAAGGCGAACCCAAGUUUUUUGAACCUCCAAGUUCUGUACUGGAGAAAGAAAGCAUGGGACAUAUGCCCCUCAAAGCUUUUAGGCAAUCACUGAAUCAAUCUGGUCAAGCGAUACUGAAAGAGUGUGAUUCCAAGAACUAUCAAAGUACAGCCCAAGGAGUGACGCAAGGAGCAGAACGCAGAAAGGUCAUUGUCAGGAGUCGUUACUUCCAACAUAAGCCCAUUAACGCAGACAGCCACGGGAGUAUUGAAAGAGCUCAUUGCAAUAACAAUAUUUCCUGUGAUCUGUCCAAAGAGGACGAUGAUCUGAGUCUUUCUGGCAUGACUGAGAAGAAGACCGAAGUUGCAGAGAGCAGGCAAGAAAGUAUACUAAAAGGGGAUGCAUACAGUGACAGAGAACAAGAGGGUAUUGCAUUAGAAAGUGCUGGUUUUGGUGAAAAUAAUACCAAUGAAAGCACAUUGAAAAGAAAGACCUCUCAGAACGGCAACACGGAUAAAGCCAAGAGAAGAUCCAUCUACUUCUGCAACAAUGCUUCUUCUCCUCCUCCUACUCCUCCUGUGGAACUCGGUGAGUUUCUCACCAAGAACACAUUAAAUCUCAUAAGCUCAAUGAAACAUUAGUAUGACAUUUUCCUCAAUUCUUCGUCUGUCGACAAGGUGGUGGUUGCUCUUCCUUUGAGACUGAUGAAGAGCUCACAGAGAAGGAAUCUGGAGGAGGCAAAUUCGGAGCCAACAUCGAGCAUUUGAGCCAAUAUUCCAAGAUAGCAGAGAAGUCAGUGGACAGAUUUGCAUCGAUGCUGUCAUCGUUUAGAUACUCGUCUUCUGGUUCUCGUGCUAGCGGUCUCCGAGCCCCUCUGAGGGACAUCAAGAACACUUGUGCCAGCAGGUCAACAAGUGUUCCCGACUUCACCAAGUUUGCUUAUACCCCAAAGAACAAAGGGACUGCUGCUUCAUCCAAGAGAAGAUAAAGUGAACAUUGAAGCAUGCGGUCACUGUUUGGCUGUUUUUGAGUUUCCAUUAGAGAUCUGCCGUCACUAUUUGAAGAUGUUAGACUGCAAAUGAAGAAUGCUAAGAUAGGUCUGAUGCCAUUAAUACUUGCUCCAAUUUGGUAGUAACACAAAUGAUUCUGUAAACGGAGUACUGCUGCACUCUUAAUAUUCACAAUCUGAUAGUUAUCCUACAAUUUUCCUGGUAGGUACAAACUGAACUUCUGCCUUGCUUUAAUGUUGUCGUAAUGCUUUUUAGAUAAAGAUUGAUCAAAAUCAACCACACCUUC